AUUGGGAUGGCGUCUUCGAUCUUGCUAAUCAAAAGUUCGAGAGCUUUGCUUUGCGUCGUCGGGACGAUAGAUACCGAUACCGCGAUACGUUUCCCUCUUUCUGGUUCCUUCCUACGACCUGGGAUAUUUCUAAGCUACACGACAAACAUCAUAUGGAGGAGAAGAAGGCAUGGAAACGGGAGCGGCUACUUCCCGGAUCAGAGUGCU